UUGUUGGCGGUGUUAUAGGCAUCGAUGGUGGUGUUGUUGAAAUUGAGAUUGGUUUAACAUUAUGUUUAUGGUUGUUAAUGGAAUUAGAUGGCGAAGGUUUUCUAACUGGUGUACCAAUUGGUUCUUUAUAA